GAAUAAUUUGAAAACAAAGAAAAGCUAAAACUAAAAUGGCUCCUUAUUUAAUAGUCCUCCUACUUUUUCCUUUACUAUUACUACUAUUAGUUAAAAGAAAGAUCAUAAUUAAUGGAAAUCAGCAGUUACCUCCAAGCCCACCUAAGCUUCCAAUUUUAGGAAACCUGCAUCAGCUUGGAAAACGGCCUCAUCGAUCUUUAUGUCAGCUUUCCAAGCAAUAUGGACCCGUCAUGCUUCUCCGAUUCGGCAACAUACCUGUUGUUAUAAUAUCCUCGGCUGAGGCAGCGGAACAUGUCUUAAAGACACAUGACCUUCAGUGUUGUACUAGACCUCCUCUGUCUGGCACAAGAAAACUUUCGUACAAUUUUUUAGACAUUGCUUUUGCACCCUAUGGUGAGUAUUGGCGACGGAUUCGGAAACUAUGUGUUGUCGAGCUGUUCAGCGUGAAGAGGGUGCAGUCGUUUCGGUUUGUUAGAGAAGAAGAAGUUGCUUCACUUGUUAGUUCAAUCUCGCAGUCUGCAUCUUCUAAAAAUCCUAUUGAUCUUACUGAGAAGAUUGUAACUCUCGUCGCGAACAUAGUAUUUAGAAUAGCUUUCGCGACUAAUGUCGAAGCUACAGAUAUGGCGAAGAAAAACAGAAUUAAAAGCUUAGUUGAUGAGGCUGAGGCUAUAUUCGGUAGCUUCUGUGGAAGUGAUUAUUUUAAAUAUGUUGGUUGGAUAAUUGACAGGAUUAGCGGUUAUCAUAGCAGGGUAGAAAAAAUAUUCCAAGAAAUGGAUGCGUUUUACCAACUUGUAAUUGAUGAACAUCUACAAGGUGUUAGGACAGUAGAAAAAGAACAAGAAGAAGAAGACAUUGUUGAUGUGCUGCUCGGAAUCGGAAGGAAGGAAGCCGGAGCUGGUUCGAUUCAGCUUACGAAAGAUCAUAUUAAGGCAGUUCUUAUGAACAUAUUUUUAGCUGGAAUUUCAACGGGUUCAGACUCUCUGAUAUGGGCUAUGGCUGAGCUUGUGAAGAAUCCAAAGGUGAUGAACAAAGCCAAAGAAGAAAUUAGAAAUGUGAUAGGAAUCAAAGAAAGAGUUACAGAACGGGACACUGAUGAGCUGCAUUACCUCAAAAUGGUAAUAAAAGAAACAUUGAGAUUAUAUCCUCCCGUUCCACUGCUGCUAGCAAGACAAGCCAUCUCAAAUUUUCAAAUCAACGGUUAUGACGUUAAUCCUGAAAUGAUAAUCCAAAUCAAUGUCUGGGCAAUCGGACGCGAUCCUGAGUACUGGAAAGACCCUGAAGAGUUCCUACCAGAGAGAUUUAUGGAUAGCUCCGUUGAUUUUAAAGGUCAGAAUUUCGAGUUAUUACCAUUUGGAGGUGGCAGAAGAGGUUGUCCUGGACAGUACAUGGGAACUGUAAUGUUGGAACUUGUACUAACGAAUUUACUGUAUUUCUUCGAUUGGGAACUCCCGAAGGGUGUCGAGGAUUUGAACAUGGAAGAAAAAUAUGGUGCUAGUCUUGUUCUAUCUAAAAUGGAACCUCUCAGACUUGUGCCUGUCAAUUACCUACAAUAGAAAUUUUCUUCCUUAAUUCGGUGGUGUUUGAUAAAACUGAAAAUUAAGU